AGAGCAAGUGACUGAGCAAGAGAGAGCGAGAGGGGUGUUUGCGAGUGUGGGAGAGAGAAAAAGAGAGAGAGAAACAGUAGUGAUGAUCGACGCCAGGCUGCCACCACUCUGUAGCAGUGAGUGGCUGCAACAAAAAGCACAGAAUAACAUCCCCGGCUCCAUGCUCGGCUUUUUUCUCUCCCUGCGCCUCAGCUAGCAGACGAGGGGCUCCGCUCACACAGCUCUGCAGAGGCUAUGCCGAGACUGAGCCGGCGUCGGAAGCAGGAUCUCUGGCUGCCAUCAACAAGUUAGGGUUGGAAGACCGCGGCCGCGAAAAAAACAGGGGUGGGGGGGGCGCUUGAUCUCCAAUUAACCAGCUGAGCUGACAUCAUUGCGGUGGAAGGGAAACAAAAGGGUAAAAAAAAGAAAAAGAGGAAGGGAAGGAGGGGGGGUUCUGUUCACCGGAGUCGCUCUGGAUGCAACUGAUCAACUUAAAAAAAAAAAUUAUAUAAAUAUUUAUUUCAAGGAUUUCGUAGGAUGAAGGAAAAGAUUCGACCCUUUCUUUGAGCGUGGAUUUUAAAGAAAGGACUGUGAACAGAAUCACAGGAAUAAACAUCAUCUCGGGACAUGGAAUUUCAUAUUUUGUUUCAUCUGGGUGGGCUCAGAAUUGCUUUAUUUCCAAAGAGGCUGAUUCCUUUUGUGCUUACUCAAAAGGGUUUUUUCCCUUUGGAUUUUUCUUCCAUCUGGUUGCUCCAAGAGUCUGCGGAAAAGGACAGUUGAAUGCAGCCUCCGAUGUGCACAAAAGAAUGGGUUUCCAUUCAAGGUGGCCAUUGGUGGGACCUGCACCAGCGGCUCUGUGUCUGAGUGUGAUCAGCAUGCUCCUGGUGUGCCUGCUGCCUCCUGCAUCGUGCACAACCUGCCCUCAAAAAUGCCGCUGUGAGGACCUGCAGUUCUACUGCGACACCCAGGGGCUUCAGGCGCCCCCAGACGCUGUGGACAAGGGGGCCCUGGGGUUAUCGCUGCGCCACAACAGCAUCACCGAGCUCAGCCCCGAUCAGUUCUACGGCUUCAGCCAGCUUACCUGGCUACAUCUAGACCACAACCAGAUCACGACGGUACAAGAGGACGCCUUUCAAGGCCUCUACAAGCUGAAGGACCUCAACCUGAGCUCCAAUCGUAUCACCAAGUUGCCCAACACAACCUUCAUCCACCUCAUCAACCUCCAGAUACUAGACCUGUCCUUCAAUCAGAUGACUGCGCUGGAACCAGAACUGUUUCAUGGACUGAGAAAGCUCCAGAUACUCCACCUGCGCUCCAAUUUGCUUCGCACAACACCUGUGCGUGCAUUCUGGGACUGCCGCAGCCUGGAAUAUUUAGGCCUGAGCAGCAACCGCCUGCGCAGUCUGGCCCGGAAUGGAUUUGCGGGGCUCAUUAAGCUUAAAGAGCUCCACUUGGAACACAAUCAGCUGACCAAGAUCAACUUGGCCCAUUUCCCUCGCCUUGUUGCCCUCCAGUUUCUCUAUCUGCAGUGGAAUAAAAUCAGCAACUUGACGUGCGGCAUGGAGUGGACCUGGACCACUUUAGAGAAGCUGGACCUCACGGGAAAUGAAAUCCGUGUCCUGACAUCUGAUGUGUUUCAAACGCUGCCAAAUUUAAAGAUCUUGCUGCUGGAUAACAACAAACUCAGCAGUCUGGACCCCCAGGUCAUGGAUAUGUGGCAGUCCCUGGGUACUAUUGGGCUGUCCAGCAACUAUUGGGAAUGUACCAAAAGGAUUUGCUCUCUGGCCACGUGGCUAAGCACCUUUAAGGGAAGGUGGGAACAUUCCAUUCUCUGCCACAGUCCUGAGUAUGCCCAAGGGGAGGAGAUACUCGAUGCCGUUUAUGGAUUCCAGCUUUGCCAGAAUUUUUCAGCGCCAGUUGUUCAGACCAUUAGCACGACCACAGACGCUACCAUCGCUGCAGAAUUCACAAGCUCCUUGUUUGGAAUUAUGCAGCCAACCCCCACGCAGGACUAUGCAGAGGAUUUUGGGAGCUUUACCACAGUCACCACCACCACAACGACGACGACGACGACGACGACUCGACGCACCGCUCAAGCGACUACCGCUACGUUGGAGGAGGUGGCUGUGACGGAGGACUCCUCUGCAAUGGACAACACUGUAAUGACUCAUAGGGUCAUCAUCGGAACUAUGGCCCUUCUAUUUUCAUUCUUUUUCAUAAUUUUCAUUGUGUAUAUCUCACGGAAGUGCUGCCCGCCCACCCUGCGCCGGAUACGCCACUGUUCAGCUAUUCAGAAGCGCAGACAACUGAGGACCCAGCAGCGGCAGCCUAUGGCAGACCUAGCUACACAGGUACCCUACAAUGAGUACGAGCCCAGCCAUGAGGAAGGGGCCCUCGUGAUCAUAAACGGCUAUGGGCAGUGCAAGUGUCAGCAACUGCCUUACAAAGAGUGUGAAGUAUGAACUCUUAUUUAUUCCUAGAGCAUAUGGUUUGCCAUUUGACCAUUUCAGAUGAUACAGGGUUUGCUUUUUUUUUUAAUUUUUUUCCAGUUUAUGUAAAAAAAAAGAAAAAAAAAGAAAGCAUAAUUUCUACAAGUGAGAUUUGACAAUAUGUGAGAAAUGUUGAAUGCUACAAUGACAGAGGUUGGACAUGACAGUUUAGGGGUGAUGUAGAGAUAGUCACAAAUUUAUUUUUCUAUGAAUGCGAGGUUGUUCAUAUCAGGCAGGGGCAAUCAUUUUAAACGAGAAAAUUGUAAACUGAGAUUUGUCUCCACGUUGUCUCUAUAUUCUGCAGCACAGAGAAAAUACUUCGCCAAAUGGCCCUCUGCUAAAGGGAUAUAUUAAGUGGAGAAAUGUGAUUUAUGUCUUAUUUCUUUUAAAAAGUAAGUAUUUGAAAUCAUGUUUCUAACUGCACCACGGGCACUAUAAAGCAAUCACUCAAUCACUGGGGCAAACUAUUGGACCAAUUAUCAGAAUGUUCUUUGUUUUACAGUUUCAUUAUGUUGAGAGAACUACUAUACAUUAAAGACCACCAAGACCAAAAUCUAAUUAUGUUAUGUUAAAAUAGAAAUAAAAAUCCUCUCUUGAGGAAAGAAAAGCCCCGAAAUUAGAUUCCGUCUACACACAUUUUAAUACAUUAAACAAUUCAGUCAAUUCGGCACGUCUAUAAUCUGCUAUCAGAUCAAAGGCUUCAGUGUUUCCUGUUUAAACAAUUAAUUUGGGUGGCCCACCCCCCCAAAAAAAUAACAGCUAAAAAGGGAUUAUUUUGCUUAAAUUUAUUCCAAAAUCCAUUGUGUGUGUAAAUGCAACUACAAGAGUGUACUGAUUGAGAAGACUGCCGGAGUGGUGAAUUUAUGUUCAAUUAUAUAUAAAAUGACCUCUUUAAAAUCAGACGUUAGCUCGUAAAUGAAAUUAUGUUUUGCAGCUUGUUGGUAUGUUGGAGCUCCCGCCCACACAAGGGCCAACCACCACAAAUAAAUCCUCAACCUGUGGGACCCACUAAGCAUCUUUCCUCUGUGGUCAAUCUCCAAUAUAUAUCCUACACGGCUGAGCAAGAUACACGGAUGUCUUCCUCAUCUUGGACAUCGAGAACAUAAGGAUUUGACCUUUAAAUGUACAUUGAUUCUCUAGCCCCCCCCCCCCCCCAAACACCGUGACCAUAUUAUUUACAGCUUAACCUAGGAAGUACAGUUGGGUGAUUUGCUAUUAUCCUAGGAUCAAUACACAGACCUACUAGUGUGAGGUGUGAGGGUAGCGAGUGGAAGGGUAAUGACCAGCGCAAAUGCCAGAUAGAGGAGCGUUUUAUUCUGAAAAUAAAACCUUUCCCCAGCAGCCAAGGCUCUUUACUGCUCACACACUAAUCAGGACUGACAGGCUCAAGAUUGAACCAAUUAAGGCCAGGCAAAAAUAAUCUAAUAUUCUGUCACCCACACCAGUGAUCCAGCAACAUUAGGCUUGUUCAGCCACUCAAAAAUAGUUCUCGUAGAACCCCCCCCCCCCCCGUACUACAUAGAAACAUCGUUGAACCUUUUACUUUAGGACAGUCCUCUUGUUAGGGACACUGGGUUGUCAUUUACUGUAUUAAAGAAAAGGGGGGGGGGGGGUUUGCAUUGAAUAAUGCAUAUGAUAACAGUUCCUUGGUUAGCAGUCACAAGUGUCAAGUUAAAUUGCGGUCAAUAGCCUGAAAGCAAAUGGAGAUCCACUGAUAAGCAAACAGCGAGCCAGGGUCAGGACACAUUGGUAUGCAGGGGAGAGGAUGAGCAUUAGCAUCAGACUAAAGCUGCUGCCGCAGCUCCGCACUUCUUUGUGUUCAGUUUGGUGGUGGGGGCAGGGUGAAAGACAGGGACUGAGAGGAACCGAUGGGAGCAAUGUCCUGGAUUAUUAGCAAAAAGGUGGUUAAGAAUGAAACGAUGCAUACCGACAGACAGCACCGUGGGCAUUAAAUGCACUUUGAUCACACAGCAACUACUAUGUCAUUACAAGUAACGCAACUACCCAAUGUUUGACCAGUACAACAAGAACAAUUCCUAACAAUUGAAAUGAAAAUAUGGCAUUUUCUUGAAUUAUCUCCCCAAUAAAUUAGCAUUUUUUAAUUAACAUUUCAAUUUUUUUGGUAUGUUUAACCAAAAUCAGUGAUUACUACAUUAGAAUGCUUCUGACCGCACAGCACCAGGAAACGAGUUAUGUGGCUUUGACCAAUGAGGACGCAGUAUGUUGGCUGGUGCUCCCUGGAGGUAGCGAGGAGGUGCCAUUUGUGGCUUCAAUGCUCGUGUAAAUGCCUCUGUGCACAUGAUCAUAAGAUGUACAACUUCUGAGAGAAAGCGUUUGUGUUACACUUCACAUCUGAAUAGAAGACAUUGCAUACACUGGUAGUACUGAUCUCCAAAGUCAAGCAGCUCCACUUUGUUUCUAAUUUUUGUUUUCUGCCAGCUUCGCACUGCUUUUACUACUGCCCUUCUAAUCUGUCUUGCAUGUUCAAAAGUCGAUUGAGUUGAAUAUUUGUUCAUGUCAUUCAGCAAACAUUAUGAAGAGACCUCUUUUUUUGUUUUUUUGAUAACACCAAGAAUGGAGAUGUGUGUGGAAUUCCUAUAAAGUCCAUUUGACAUUUCACUGUUUAAGACUGCGGUUGUACCAAGUGACUGAAAAAUCCACAGAAUUUGUAGAAAUAUGCAUCCCUUUGCACUCUGGCUCUUUGUAAACUGUUUCUGUUUCCUCUUGUCACCUCUAGCCCUGGUCCCCACCCUGCCUAAAAAUAAAAAAAGAAGAAAAACAAGUGAACCAAUCCCCUCUCUCUUACCCAACCUCUUUGUGCAAAAUGAAUGCUUUUUCUCUUCCCAUUUUCCUUUUGUAUUGUAAUAUGUACAAUUUCAUAUCUGUAUAGUGGAUAAGAUGUGCCAAACUGAAAAAACAAAAACAAAAAAAAAAAAAAACAUUUCCCCCUCAAAA